AUGGAAAUGAAGGCGUCCGUGCGCUCGGCUGAUACAACGGUCGCUGAUCACGUGACCGCGCUGAAGGCGCCGAAGCCCUUCGGCGGCCGAGAACAGGCGCCGGCAGCUGCCGUUUACACCUACUCAACUCGUCCACUGAAUCACAGCGAAAUUGAAAAGCGUCGUCGGGACAAAAUGAAUGCACACAUAAUAGAGAUCGGUUCUUUGCUACCCAGCAGCUAUAACGCAACCCAAAGGUUGGAUAAGUUGUCGGUACUGCGCUUGGCAUUGCAGUACAUCCGACACAUACACGGUAAGACUAUC